UCUUUUCUCUUCUUGACCCCUGAUCCCUGACUCAGUGCCUUGAUCGCAUUUCUCAAACGCGUCAGGAUUCGACGAGAAACUGCCAAGAGAAAGAACUCCAGAAGACAGGAACCCCGUCCGUGAGUGCACUGCAUAUUCGCCGAUCGGAAGGCAGCGCCUACCGGCAUCCGACACUGGUGAGAUUGCGGUCUCUUGAGUCAAGCUGCGCGAUUUCACGGUGGAAAGCUCCCAACAUUUUGCCUGAACUGGACCUGGACUUCCUCGUGCCUUUUGGGAGAUUCCCAGAAGCAGCUGAGGAGAAAGGACAGGAAAACAGCCACCGAAUUACUCAAGGACAGGUCUCCAGCGCCCGCUCAUCCGUGUUUCUGAGGAAAGCAGGCCUCGAGGUGUAUUGUGCAUUCCUCGAUCUGUGCGAAAAGCUCAUUUCAAGAAACCUACAGAUUUGAGAAUCUCGGUCUCAGCAAGUAUCGCGAGAAACGCGCGAAGCCGAGUCGGCCAGGUUCUUUGCUCCUGUGUGAAUACAUUAUUAUAUAUGUAUUCAUAUAUCUGCAUAUGUGUACAGCGAAAUUUGAAUGGCUCAUGAAAUAUAAUCCACGCGCCACCUCAAGCAUACUUUUCGGCAAAACAGUGGAAAGCACUCAGUCAACCUUUUUCAUUUUCGGAGUUUUCGUUGCUGCGGACUUUCCGACACAUUUUUCUCCGUGCUUUUCGAGACAUCAGUUUCGGUUCCUGUCUGCGGCUAGCCAGAAGCCAAGUCUACUGAACGCACGUCCGCGGACUUAACUGCGCCUCUUCCCCACUCCGUUUACCCAGCGAGUUUGCAAACGUUUUAAAAGAUAAGAUAAGUGGUCCACUAGAGCUAGACACCUUGUGGACUACUUUCGGGUGUCGACGUCAACAAGGUUUAACUUGCUUGGUUCUGUGGCAGAUGAGUCGCCUAAGAGGACUGCACACUGCCGAGUAAACAACGGUUGUCGUCUGAAGCAGACGAAAUUCGGAGUGGCAUUCUGGUUGUUCAGUUUCGAUUUCGUUUCAUGCGCAGUGGAUGGUUUGGACUUUUCAAGCUUCUCCUCCGAUUUGGUCGCGACUCCGGCUGUCAGAAAUUAGACACGCACUUGAGUGUGUCAGGUCCGCAUUUGCGCGGAUCACUCGUGAGUCUCGCGCCGUGGUAUUUCAGCCUGUUGAAAAAGACAGGCUGGCGAUGUGCUUGCAGAACUUGGAUCUGAAUUGCGUUUUUCUCGGAGAGUGGUGUGAUCUUUGCGUACGUGGUGCAUUCGGUGGUUUUUAGACUUUGUUGGGCUCGAAUCCACUGAGACAUAACAGGUCAACUUGGUGUCCUCCACCUCUCACUUUCGUGACGCAUCCGUAGGUAUUUUUUCCCCGAGUUUCGCAGACCUGGAGUGUAAAGGCUUUCGAGUGUGUCCGUUGUGCAGCCCCUCUGCUGUUUUUGCUAACAGUUUUUCUCGAGUGUGUUAACAGUCGCGGUCACGUGCUCAAUAGAAUUCCCCGGGACCUCAAGACAACCUAUAAGGAAUGCCGAUUGCGAGAUGACCAGGAGUGCAUCGGACUUCCAGAGCUUCCAGGAGAGAUAAUUUGAUUUCUCCGGUCUCCUCGAAAACUGAUUUCGAGCAACCUCUCGGGCCGCGGUAGUCUUGGGUUACACCACUCCUCCCCUUUACCUGGGCUUUUUCCUCAACAUGGAUGUUCCCUCGUUUUCAGGCGACGACUCAUGCCAAGAAGGCGUGGAGAAAACCUCGCUGCCCUCCCUCCAUCGCUACUCAACUCAACCCCUGGGAGAUAGCCGCAGCACCGCACCGAGCUCCAGCAGCUCUCGCGGCCACUCUGCCGACGAUUGCCGGGUCAAUGCUGCGAAAACCGCGAAGAGUUCCGACGCAGAAAUCGUAUUUCGGUCCAUCCCUGGCUCCGGCCCCCUGAACACUUUCGUCACGCAAAGUCCGAAAAAUACCCCCUCAGGAAACUCCGUUUCACCCCAACGCACUGAGGGCGGCGUGGCAGACCUGAAGACACGCGGUGACCGGGCCGUUCUAGUAAACAAAACUGACAAGGGCGCUGCGGCACAGACUGGUGAUGUUUACGCGGGUGACGCGUCGUCCCCGUUUCUCUCCUCUUCACCGAGCACCGGAGAUUUAACUGUGGCUGCAGUUAGCGACGAAGGCACUGUCAGUCCGCCUAACGGCACCGAAAGCCGAACGCCCGGCGUGGAAAACGGCUCUUCUGCAGAGGGCUCUGGAGAAGGAGAGCUAAAGUGGGAUCGCGCCUACUGCAAGCACUUCCUCUUUGGCCGAUGCGCUCGCCGCCGUUGCCGGUUUCUUCACGGAGAUGCCGAAGUUGUUCAACAACAAAGGCGCCUUCUCGAAAUGGACACGGCUGCAACGGCAGCCGCAGCUGGCGCAAACGGAACUACGCAGUCGGAAGAUUCGAGAAUCGCGACCAGUCAGCGACAAACACGCGACAGAAAGGCUAAUUCGAAUGCUUCUGGUGGUGCGGUGCUCGUUCGGAACGACGAUCGCCGGGAUGAAGCGAACAAACAGGGCAAUCGAUUCUUCUCUUCACACAACGGAAAUACAAGCCAGCCUCACCGCCGUGGGUCUCUUGGCACCUACACUCCCGUCGGUAUAUCGGCACCGUGCCGCCACGUCCACUACCAGCAGCCUAACCGCAACAUGAAUCAUAUGAGCAACCAGGAGGCGGAGAACCGAUGCAAACCGAUUCCCGGGAAUGUCCAUCGCGGACCACCAGGCGCGCCAGGUCAAGCACCUUACGGAGUCCCGUUCUUCUACGGCAACAGCUCGAAUGGCAGCAGCAACCCAGUUCGAUCUCCGUCGCCCCCCAGGACGUAUCUCACCUCUCCUCCGAUGAGCGGACCCUCGGGGUCUCUUAACGCCGAUGGCUCUGGAGGAAGCGCGAAUUUCGUGUCUUCUCAGACGUUCUACGGGACUGGUCAAGGGGGUGCACCAUGGGCGCCUGCGACUUCUGUGCCGCCCCCGCCGGCAUCGACACCGUCGCCUCCAUUCAUGCCGGGGCCUCAAACGCUGUAUGGCACUGGAGGGCCUUUGUCGGACUCGGUGCGCAGGCCGCUGCCCCCGAUUGGCAAGCAAUUCCCAACGGGAGCCGAGAAGAACGUGCACUUGAGAAACGAGUUGGACUUUGCCCUCGCCCUGGCCUCCGCCGCCGCAGAGGAGCUGAUGCGAAGCGAGGAGAAGUUCUCAGCAGCCAAGGCGGCUUCAGCCGCUGCCCAGCAACUCGCUGCUCAGGUGGGUACGUCGGCUUCACAGGGGCGCCAAGAGGCUCACGGUUGCGCGGGGUUCUCGUGUCUCACGGGCCAGGCGCCUCCGGGAGGCUUCGCUGGGGCCCCUGCAACUCCGCCUUCAGAUCUCCGGUUCGUCCAGGCUGCCGAGUCGCUCGCGGAGCGGUGCAACAUCCCGUUCGUCAGCGUCUAUCUGCCCGGGCAGGGCUACAUCAUCCAGUUCGUUGAAGGUGUCGCUGGGACAAUCGCGACGAACAGAGCGUCGGGCUUGGCCGAGCGCCGUAGCGGCAACUUUGCAGGAUGUAACUCGAAAUCCGAGGGCGCGAAUCCGGCGCCGCAGCACUCGAAGGAGUUUCCCGCUGGUCCUCUUGAGAAGGGCCAGGGGGCCGCAAAGACAGGCGCGAUUGCCUCUGGGACUGAGACCGGCGACCCAUUAGCGGCGAAGGUAGAAAAGGCGCCACUCGUCAAGCCUCCGGUGUCGAUGACACGGUCUUGGCUCGAAGUUCUGAAGCAGGCUCCGGGGGCCGGGAGCAGCUGCAAAACGGCGAAAAACAGCGACAAAGGAGACCACGCGCCCGCUGUCGGAGCGGGAGACGCGAAGGCCACCAAGCAUGCCUCUGCCAAUCUUCUGGGGCUUUUUGAGCCCCUCCAGGAGAUGGCGCUUUCUCCCCCCGACCACGCCAGCGAAGCGUCUCACGCCGCUGGCGACGCGCCUAAAGACGAGGUCGGCGCAAACACCGGGUGGCCAAGCCUGACGAAUGCGCACAGACCGGGCGCGCAGAAUCUCGAGGAAGGAGGCGAAACGCGGCAAACGAAGUCUCCGCUAGACACUCGGGACUCCCAGCUCCUGCCAAACUUUGGAGGCGAUUUGUGGACGCGAAACGCCCCUUUGGAGAGCGGCGGCGCCAUCCACCUGACCCAGCCAAUGCAGACAGUUUUUUGCGGAAGGCCUCAGGAAGCGCUAGGCCUGCGCCGCGGCCUCGGCGGUGAAGGUCAGCAGGCGGACCUUCGUCAGGGACGCCAGUCCUCGCUGUCUGCGCUUUCGUCUCAGGCAUCUUCUCCUCCGACCCACACAUGCAGCCCUUCUGUGUCUUUCGCGAAUUUCAGCCAGGUGCCAGAAGACCGCGAACUCAAGUGCCCCAAGGGGUUGGGAACUGUGGGGGCUCCGUGUUUCAUGCCGUCGUUGUCAGGGGCGCUGUUUCGUGGCUCAGACAAAGAGAGUGUUGGGCCUGAGGGUUGCCUUCGAUCAUCGGACUUUCUGCGUCUAAAUGACAGGCCUCUCGAUGACCCGCAGAAGCGUGAAGCCGCUAGGGGCGACGUUUCCCCCUCCCUGUUCCUGAACGCUGGCGCCCCUCUUCAAAACACUCUGUCGAAGCUCGCUUGUGGCUCUGCACAACCUUUUCAGAACCUGGACCACCCGUCGCUGUCGCUUCAGCAGCAGAUGGCCGCGGCCCUUUCGCAGGCCCACACGACAACUGGCGGGGCGAAUACGUUCUCUUCCGGCUCGUUUCCGUGGCUGAUCUCGGACUUUGCGGCCUCCACCACUGAGUGCGGGUAUUCAGGACUCGGCGAGAGCGCGUCGGAUCUCACGGGGUGUCCAGCUGCCGGGCGAGGUGGGAAAGCCGGCGAGACCCCGGGCCUCGUUGUUAGGGCGGGGGACGAAGGCACCCACGGCGAUCUUUUUUUCGAAGAGGCGCAUGCACACUCGGGCCUCGACGGCGGCGCAGUUUCGCUGAGGUGCGACAGAGCCAAAGUCGGGGGUCUGAAGCCGCGUUCGCCGCCGAAGAAGCUCUCGGGGUGGUUUGCGUCUGCAUUUCAGAACCGCGUAGGUUCGGACCCGCGAUUUUUCUUGGAUGAUUUCGCCGAGGAACUGGCCAGAGGCGCAGGCCACGAGGAAGACAAACUGAGCAAGAUGGACACACAUUUCACGCUGAAGAGUCUCGAUUCGAGACGCAACAGCGGUCCUGGCGACGGCCGCGACUCCACGGGCAUGUUCCAGGGCGACAUGUCGCUGUCGCCGACUGCCGCACUCAUCGCGUCCAUUUGGCAGAAAGCGGGAGUCGACGACGACGAUUUGGAGAGCUUGGAGGCUCAGCAGGGUUGCGGAGUGAACCAGGAGGCGAAAGUGCUUUCCUCGUUUUGAACGCGAAAGACAACACAUGCGACAGAGAGCUCUUGGCCGACGUGGAGGCCCCGUGUGCCGGUGCAUGUGGCUGAGAGAACUUGGACACGAGUCGUGACUCGAGGCGCGAGAGUGGAAAUGAAGAAAGGGGAAGUUUCCCGAGGAGAGAGAACCGGGAAAUGCAUCCUUAUGCAGUGUUCUGUGUCGUGUCUCAUGCACUCGAGGAGUCUGUCGCGCAAGCAGUGAUUCUGUCUCUGAAGCUACGUUGUGUGAGAAGAGUUCCAUUCUAGUUUUUGUCCAUACACAUACGCAUUUAGGCUUACAGCGUCGUUCUCCGGGCUGUGACAAAGAGGGCGAGAAACCACGCUCAGAGAAGCCCAGCCUCUGCUCAGAGCCGCAACAUAUUGCUUUGCGGUGUCGACUGGGCGCAAAAACGCCGAAGGAAGAAACAGUUUUGCGGCUUGACUCAACGUGGAGACCCUCUUCACUUGCUCAGUUCCUGUGGAGUGUGUCCGCCGUACAGGGCGACGAAUAGCACAGUUUGGCCGACUUGCAUGCGUAUCCUCAUCCAGCACCUAGAGCGAACAACGGUGUGUGUUUUCUCUUGUCUCCAGUGGUUCUAGGGCCGGAGAAAUGUCUUUUUUUCAUGACUUCUUUUCCGUGGCCUCGGCACCUGAUUUAGCUCUGCGAGCGGGAGGUGAGGAAAGGAUCUGACGAUGUGUGUUUCACUUGUUUCCAUCUUCUUUUCUUCGUUUGCCUGGAGAGCAGGCAGACCGCCAGAAGAAACUGGUCCAGAAAGGAGCCUCCCGAAGCUGUGUGUCUCCCUUGCUUGGGACCGGAACUGCCUGUUCUCGUCCCAGGAGAUGUGUGCGCCGCUGAGGCCCGCACAGAGAAGGGCCUUUUGCUCUUGACGAAGAGAUGUCUCGAGGCUGUCUCUUUCGUACAACAGUCCACGUUUCGUGUUUGAGCAGAGAGUGUGCCGGGAUGCCGAAGGAUUUUGAGACAAGGCCUCGAUCGAUGUUUCGGGCAAACACAAGUCUGCGCCAAAGAAAGAGGGUGUUUCCCACAUACCAGCGAGGCCGUCGCGAGUCGGGGCGUAAUCAAGAAAGCAAGGAGACGAGGAAAGCGAAUCCGAGAGUCACAGAGAGCAUCGGAUCGCGGGCAGACAAUUUGAUGAACGUGGAGAGAGCGCAAAAACAGCCGCCCCUCUCCCAUGCCAGUUCUCUCUGUCUGGGCCGCUGCUUUCUGGUUGCCAUCAGUCUCUCGCGGUUUUCCGAAGAGAAGGGUAUAAUCAGUUUCGGUUUCCCAGGAAGAUGCGUCAAAAGUGCGUUCAAAACGGCUCUCGGCCUCGAGCACGUGCAGGAGGGACGCGAAAAAGAGGGCAUACAAAAGUCGCCCAAAGCGCUUGGGGAAAUAAAGUUCAAUCAGUGCCAGAAUCAGAUGUGGCAUGUAUACCUGUGUAAAUAUAUCUAUCUAUCUAUAUAUAUAUAUGCAUAUCAUGUGUUUUUUUUUCGUUAGAGUUCUCCGUUUCCCGUGUGCAUCAGCCGAGCCGAUCCCGAACCGUUUCGUUCGCCGAGAGGCGUCUCUCGGUAUUUUCUGUUUUUUUCUCUAUGUGCAAAAGUGCAAUUUUUGUCAACGCGUCCCUGGCUGCCGCCGCUCGAAAAGUCCCAGCGCAGUGGGCAGCCUAACUUCAGCGUGCAUGAUAUAAGUCAUGGUAAACAGCA